GUAAGUUCCGCCGCAGCUAGAGCUCCGGGUGUUUUGCAGCAGGCGGAGCUCGGCGGUUCCGUGCAGUUCAGCUGCAGAUUUCCCCUCGCUGGGUGUCUCGCCGCAGCCUCCGGAGAGGAGACGGACCCCUACUCCCUGUCAGAAAAAUGUCUGCUCCAGCUCAGCCACCUGCUGAAGGGGCAGAAGGGGCUGCCCCAGGUGGAGGUCCCCCUGGCCCUCCCCCUAAUAUGACCAGUAACAGACGACUCCAGCAAACCCAGGCACAAGUGGAAGAGGUGGUGGACAUCAUGCGUGUGAAUGUGGACAAGGUCCUGGAGAGGGACCAGAAGCUGUCAGAGCUGGAUGACCGAGCUGACGCCUUGCAGGCGGGAGCAUCACAAUUUGAGAGCAGUGCUGCCAAGUUAAAGAGGAAGUAUUGGUGGAAAAAUUGCAAGAUGAUGAUCAUGCUGGGAGCUAUCUGUGCCAUCAUCGUGGUAGUUAUUGUAAGUCACCUGAUCUCUGAGCUGCAGACACACACCUGCCCCUGCCUUCUCUCUUGGACGGCGAGGUCACUGAGCUCAGGCCCCAUCAGACGGAGCCACAAAGAAAUGGGGCUAUGGAAAGGCAGCAUGGCCACGGCUAGUCUUGACCAUUUUGGAGUUGCUCACCCCGGGAUGAUCUGAUGAAAGCUACGGACCUCUCACCAGAAAAAUGCAGGUGCAGAAUUAGGGGUUACCACUGACCCUUGGAGAGAGUGGCAGGACAAGCGGGCUCAUUAGCUUCUUCUCUCACCUUUGUGGUAUGAAAUAUCCCCCCCCAAAAAUGGGAAAUGCCUAGUUGUUCCGGGACCAUGGCUGACACUGGGUAGGACAUGGCAGGAUAAAUCUGGAGCAGGGUACAACUAGGUUGGCCCAGAGGGAAGUUUGAGUAUUCUGGGACUUUCUAAGGAUGGGAAGAUAUCCCCUUAAUCUCUGGACUUGGUUGGAUUCGAUGAACACGGGAGAAACCUGACAUCGUGUUCUCAAGUCUCUGUGUCCUCUAGGAUGGGCUGUGUUGGAAAGGGCCCUGGAUUUUACUUGUAAGAGAUAAUGAACAAAUUCUGUGUUUUGCUCUAAUUAUCCUGAAGCACAAAACCUAGCUAGCUUUUCACUGGACAAAAACUGGGCUUGUCUCCAGACUCCUCUGGACAGCAAUGGGCAGCACCAAGUGUAUGUCCUCAGGCACCCAGUGAGGUAGAAACUAUUGCCAUUUGGGGUCUUUAGGAAGGAAGGGCUGAGGCCUAGAGGUACUCUAAGAUGACCAAUGUUGAUGGAGUUGGAGUUGUUCCUUUCUCCUUCUGGCCCAUUUUUGGCUACUUUGAAAAAAAAAACUUUCUACCAUUUUUCAUGUUCUCACCUGAAGUCUGCACAGUCCCUUGGGGGCUCAGGGGCAGGUUUAGGGUGGGGUGCAAGAUAGCCCCAUUCUCAGCAUCCCCGAGUGUCUUCAGGACCAUGGAGACGCCAGGUCCCCCGCCAGACACCUGCACGUUGGUGAUGAACCAGGUUGCUCUCUCAGCAGUGGCGUCUUGUUUGGUUUGGAGAUCAUAGUGGGAUAACUCACAGGUCACCUUCUCCUCACUGCAGUCAGCAUGGAGCAAGGCCUCGGCCUGGGGAAUCUGUAUCAGCUUUGCUAUGGGAGAAGGUGUCAGAGUUGAGCUGGACUGAGAACACCUAGGCUGAUUGGGCGCAGGUGUUUGGGAACUGGACUGCCCCAGAGGAGGGACGUGGGGUGGAGGGCUCUUACCUGAGGCCUCAAAAGUAACAGGUGGGUCAUCCUUGGACAGUGUGUCCAGUUGGAAGUCGGCAAAGCCUUCUAGGGAGCCAUCAUCCAGCACUGGCACCUGCCUCAGCACAAGCAAGGCCUUCACCAUGUUCCCAUUGCUGGCAAAAGCACUAUGGUGCCCACCAUCCUUCACCAAGAAGCAAUCUAAGACCACAUCCACUGCCCGCCACUGCCUCUCUGCUGCAGGGAAAAGACUGGAUGAGCACCCUCUUGCAUAGAAAUCACUUCUAUACUAGCUCCCCACAAACUGGCAUCAUCAGUGGGGGCAGGGGGAGGGUGAAAGUUGUCUUCCAGGGUCCCACUGUCUCUGUGGCCCUGUCUUCUGUCAUUCCCAAACCAGCUUUCUGGAGGCACCUGCCACUCCAGAUAAAUACGUCUUCUUCUUCUUCUUUUUUUUUUUAAAGAUUUAUUUUUUUAUGCAUACAAGAGCUGGGGUACAGGUCAGAGUUGUGGGGGUGAGAGGAUUCACCAAAGACAGAGUGGGGAACAGAACAGGCAGACUGACUGAAAUACACUGCUGAGGGGAGCAGCGAGUGAGUCAGUAGAAGUCUGCUGCACCAUGUGGGUAGCUCCCUGGCUGGCGGGAAUCAAACUCGCGCUGCAGAGGCUGUGGAUUGCUUCAUAGGUUGGGUCUUAACCCUUACACCACCAGGGAGGCCCCAGAUAAAUAUUUCUUGGUGUGAAUUACUUAAAGCCCUGGAUUUACCUUGCUCACAGGGUUUGUGAAACUA